AUGGCUCAAAUUUAUAAAGCGACAUAUUCAGGUGUGCCGGUUUAUGAAUUCGUUUGCAACAAUGUCGCCGUUAUGAGAAGAAGAGACGAUUCCUAUUUGAACGCGACACAGAUCCUCAAAGUGGCUGAAUUCGAUAAACCGCAAAGAACUAAAAUUCUAGAGAGAGAAGUACAAACCGGACAGCAUGAGAAAGUGCAAGGUGGUUAUGGCAAAUAUCAAGGUACAUGGGUUCCGUUUGAAAGAGGUGUAGCAUUAGCGCAGCAUUAUCAAGUAGACAAUUUAUUGAGGCCAUUAUUCGAUUUCGUUAAAGGCGAUCAAAGUCCACCACUAGCACCGAAACAUGUAACAGCAGCAUCGAAUAGACCUAGAAAGCCACGUUCUACUGAGCCCAAACGAAAAAAAGUGAUUAUCAAACGAUUUGCAGAUCCAACGAAUAAUUUAGGUUUACAGCCUUAUUAUCAUCAUCAUCAACCUCAUUUACCCUAUUCCGAUAUGGCCUAUAGCAAUUACAAUGGUUUACCUUUCAAUCUAUUACAAGAGUAUUCUUCAUCCAUGAUGGCAGCUGGUAGUAGUAAUAGUAAUAGUAGUGGAAAUCAGUCAUCUAAAAAACGAUCUCGGCAAGAACAAAAACCAGUGAAUAACGAUGAAGAUAUGGACAUAGAUGAUUUAGAAAAUCAUGAUUCUCUCUUUCCAUUGACAGCAGAUCAGAGCUACGCACAUCAAUUGUUACAAUAUUUCAUUUCCGAUGAUGCAGCAGUGAUACCACACAUUUUAUUAAAUCCGCCCAAUGAUUUGGACGUCAACGUAAUUAUUGAUGAUGAAGGACAUACCUCUUUGCAUUGGGCAGCUGCUAUGGGACGUUUACAGCUCGUUCAAAUUCUGAUCAACUUGGGAGCAGAUAUUUAUCGUGUGAAUUAUAAAGGGCAGACGGCCCUCAUGCGUUCUGUUCUCUUUACCAACAACUUUGAUUCAAAAUCAUUUCUAUUUUUGAUUGAUAUGUUGAAAGGAACGAUGUACAAUAUCGAUAAGAAAGAUCAGACGGUAUUUCACCAUGUGGCAGCGACGGCGAGCUGGAAAGGAAAAGUACAUGCGUCGCGCUAUUAUAUGGAAUGCUUGAUUGAAUGCAUGCGCAAAAACGAUUUGGCAACGUUAUUAAAUGUGCAGGAUGUCUAUGGCGACACAGCUUUGUCCAUUGCAGCGAGGAUUGGAAAUAAGAAAUUAGUACGACUCUUAUUAGAAGCAGGAGCCAAUGCUGAAAUACCGAAUGAAGAAGGUAUGACAGCGCAAGAUUAUAUAACGGAAGCAGAAAGAAACAAUCGAUUUCAACCACCAAUGCAACCGAUGGCAGCGAAUGAUAGCUCUUCUUCUUCUUUACCUUACCAACAACAGUCUUCUAAAAGUGAAGCAGAGUACAGAAAGGAUUUAGCAGCAAGGACAAGAUUACGACAAAACAUUGAAGGAUUGUUCAAAAAGAUACUUGUGAAUGACCGCGCACAACCACCGCUUGCAUCUCAUUUAUUUGAUGGAUUCGCAGGGAAUUAUGAGAGAGAACUGGUGCAAAAAGAUCAUAUUAUAAAAGAAAAGAGAAAUGAACUGGAAGUGUUACGGAAACGAUUGGCUGGAACAAAGCAUACACUAGAUCAAAUCCAGUAUGAUCCAAGUCGGGUGGAAAUUGUACAGAAGGAGAAUGAACGACUCUCAAGUCUAUUGAGUGAGCUUAUGUAUAGAGUUCAAAAGGAAAGAUUACGAACAGUAAAAGAGGAAUGCCUGAACAAGUUAGAGAAAGAGGACGAAAAAGGAAAAAAAUCUGCAUUUACUAGUGAGGAUCUAAAUGAAGUAAAUGUAGAAGUGGCAGAAACAAAUACCAAACAAUCUCAACAGACAUUAUCAUCUGAAUCCACAAAUGAUGCUAUCACGACAGAUCAUCCAUUUAAAAAGCCCAAAACAACAUCAGGAACAGAAAGUCUAGAAAUGAUUUGUUUAUUGGACGAAUUGAAGAGCUUACGUGAACUCAGGAAAAAGCGUACAGAAGAACUUGAAAAUUUGAUAAAGCAGACCCCUAGUAAGAGGCACCAAGAAUAUAAGAGAUUGAUUUCCAUGUGCUGUAAUGUGGCUUACGAAAAUGUUGAUUUGAUGUUAUUACCGCUACUAUCUUCAUUUGACGAGUUGAUACGUGCGCCGACACAGCAACAACAGCAGCAACAACAGCAAGAAAAUGCAUAUAUUCCCUCAUCUACUACCACAACCAGUACGACAACCGCAGCAUCCACUCCUAUAACGGAAGCAGCCGUAGCACUACAACCACAGCAAUCACAACAGCAAGAUCAGUCACUAUUACAGCAACCGCAAGAUAAAGCCCCUUAUGCUGCAACAUCAUCCACGACCCCCAUAAUAACUGUAGAAAGUCAACGUCAUCAUCAAACGGAAACGAUGGAAACCGAUUCUGCGUAA